CUGUGCCAUCCUUUUCUAUACUUUUGAUAAUAUUAGCUAAAAAUGAUAAACGGAAAGUUUGCGUAAAAAUUCUUAAACAGAUUAAAUUCUGUUUAACAAAAGCUGCUUACGGGCUUUUAACAAAUCUCGUAAAGUGUGGGGUGCGUUUAUUUUGAUGGGUAGCCUUCAGUAUGUCCGGUGUGUCGCGCGCAGCUUAACUCAGCGGGAUGACGUCUUCGUUAGCUCCCGGUAUAAACACGGCUGGUCCUCCUAUUCUGAGCCGCCUUCAGCGAGUUUAAUUCGCACAGAAAGAAGUUCGUGAGUCCGGACGGAACUACCAGACUGAAACCGAACCGGUUCUGUUGGUCCUUUCCGCAGUUCCUUUCAGAUAGGUGCAGUUUUACCAGAAACUACGCAGUUCGGGAACAGGGCGGGAGUCCCACCGUAUUAACGGGACCGAUAAACGGUCCCGCGGGUAGUCCCGAACCCUGACCCGCUCCGUUCGGUCUUAUCGGGCUCUCACUGGGAACAGAGGCGCCAUGGAGUCUUGGUGGAGCCCUUCCCGGAGCUCCUACACCGGGAGGUAACCAGAGCGGGACAGGAGAGCCUCGCACGGCGGACAGCGGCAACCUGUUGCCGGUUUCCGGUGACUCAGAGAGGAUGAGCGGCGCCGCCGGACCGCCGCUGCCGCUGGUGCUGCUGCUGCUGGGCGGCCGUGCGGCGUUCAUGGUCUGCCGGUCCCUGAACGCACCGCAGGACGGAGCGGUUCUGUCUGCGGAGGUCCAGAUGGACGCUGCUCUGACCGGUGUGGACAGACAGAGACGUCCAUUCCUGGAGAAAACUCGUCCCUUCGUCCUGGUGGAUGGACAGAGACGGAGUCUGGCUCAAGCUGUGCAGGAUGGCCAUCCCGACAGGAUGCUGUGUGAGCUGGAGGUGGGAGGACAGCGCCUCCUGCUGGACCUGGAGAAGAACCACAACCUGCUGCCCAGACCGCCCAACAUCUUCUUCUACCUCCCCAACGGAACCGGAGUGUCUGUGCCGGCCGAGCCUGUGACUCACUGCUAUUACCACGGCAGCAUCCGGGGAUUCCCGCGAUCCAGAGCAGCUGUGAGCUCCUGCUCCGGACUCCGCGGUGUAAUCGUCCUCAACUCCUCUGUGACCUUGGAGCUGCAGCCAGAGGUCAGGGAGCGGCUGGAGGAGCCGGGAGGAGGAGCAGAGGAGGAGGACGUUCACCUGCUGUUCUCUGCCGGUCCUCUGGAGGGCGCCACCGCAGCGGCGGGCUGCGCUGUGCCGCACGCGCCCGGUUCAGCGUCCUCCACUCACAGCGCCAGCCAGCGGACCAAGAGAGACAUCCUAUCUGAGACCAAACACGUGGAGCUGGUGCUGGUGGCGGACCAUCAGGAGUUCCUGAACUACCAGAGGAACAACCAGACCAUCGUGUACCGGCUGAUGGACGUGGCCAACCAGGUGGACUGGUUCUACCGGCCGCUGAAGGUCCGGGUGGCGCUGACGGGCCUGGAGGUCUGGAGCGACCGCGAUAAGAUCCGGGUAGAGAGGAGCGCCACCGACACGCUCAACAACUUCCUGGAGUGGAGGAGCAGAGAGCUGCUGCCACGCCUUCGCCAUGACAACGCCCAGCUCAUCAUGGGCGAGUCAUUUGACGGUACCACUGUGGGAAUGGCGAGCCAGUCCUCCAUGUGCUCCAGGGACCGAUCCGGAGGUGUCAAUGUGGACCACCUGGUCAGCGUUCUGGGCGUGGCCUCCACCGUCGCCCACGAGCUCGGACACAACCUGGGCAUGAGGCACGACACGGCCGAGCGCCGCUGCUCCUGCGACAACGAGCCCCGCCUCGGAGGAUGCAUCAUGGAGCCGUCAACCGGCUUCAUGCCAGGCCAGCAGUUCAGCAGCUGCAGCGCCGCAGAUCUGUCCGUCAGCCUGCUGCACGGCGGCGGCAUGUGUCUGUUCAACGUGCCGCAGCCCGACCGCCUGCUGGGCGGCCCGCGCUGCGGGAACCUGUACGUGGAGAAAGGAGAGGAGUGUGACUGCGGCCUGCUGGAGGAGUGUGAUGACCCGUGCUGUAACGCCUCCACCUGCCAGCUGGCUCCUGGAGCUCAGUGCUCCUCAGACGGUAUCUGCUGUGAGGACUGUAAGCUGCGCGCAGCGGGCUCAGUGUGCCGUGAGCCGCUGGGAGAGUGUGACCUACCUGAGUACUGCACAGGCUCCUCCCCUCACUGCCCCCCCAAUGUGUUCCUGCAGAACGGAGAGGCCUGCCGGAACGGCGCCUCCUACUGCUAUGGAGGAGUCUGCGCCGAUAUGGAUUCCCAGUGCCAGAUGCUGUGGGGAACCAAUGCCAGCAGCGCUCCAGCCUUGUGCUUCUCAUCCGUCAACAAACAGGGAAAUAAAUAUGGAAACUGUGGUCAGCGGGCCAACGGCUCUUACAUCCCCUGUGCCAACCCAGACGUUCUGUGCGGCAGGAUCCAGUGUCAGGGCGGGACAGAGCGCCCCCUGCUGGGCAGCAUCGCCCAGAUCCUGACCGUUCGCUUCAACCAUAGCGACCUGGUCUGCAGAGGGACGUUCUUCCACCUGGACGACGACGUGUCCGACCCGGCCACCGUGGCCCAGGGCACUGCCUGCGGGCCCGGCAAGGCUUGUUUGAAUCAGAAAUGUGAGGAUGCGUCCGUGUUUGGUGUGGAAGAAUGUCGCAGGAAGUGCAGCGGUCAUGGAAGUCCGAUCCGGUCCGGGUCGCCCUGCUCCUCAUCUUCUUCUUCAUCCUGCCUGUGGUGCUCCUCUUCCUCGCUCUGCGCUUCCCCCGAUUCCGCCGGACGCUCUGCUGCCUCGGACCCAACAGCCCGUUCCACAAGGCCCGGCAGCACAACCGGUACCGCCGACCCAACACACACACCCCCACACACACACACAGACUUCAUGCAUAACUCUGCUCUUACCCACAAUGCAGUGUGGCUGACUCUGAGCUGUGGGGUUUGGAGUUUGAACCCGCCCACAUCUGCAGGUACUGCUGGACCUGCCGGGUUCUGCUCAGCAGAUGGUUCUGUAGGCUCAGUGGUUGUCUGGAGUAUCUGUGAGCGCUCAGUAUCCUACCAGCUGUCAGGCUCCAGUUUCCCUUAAAAAAACAGAAUUGUUUGAAUUUACUGCAGAAUUUCUCUAAUCCAUGCGGGUUCAUAUAUUUACAUACAGACCUCGUGAUAAGUUGGACUGAAGGAAAGUCUGGUAACUUUAUUUGAAUAAAUUGAUGUGAUCAUCAUGAUAAAUAUAAAUACACAUUAACAUGAAUCCAACAUGUAACAAACUGAUCAAAUUGGUUUGUUUUAUUGAUGAUUUAACCAAAUUAAAGGGGGUCAAAGUGUAUUGAAUUGAGAUGUUGUACCGAGUUACACCACAAGGUGGCGGUGCUUCCCCUGCUCUGCCAGUCUUAGACCAGUAAAGUCUCCAUCUCAUUUUAGCUUAGUUCCAGGUUGCUAACGUUCACCAAACACAUGGAUGGAAAUGAUUCCCUUAAAGUUUUUAGCGUCUAACAUUUGUUAUUCCAUCGCCCGGUCGUAUGUAAUCGAUGUUUUCAGAGUGAAGUAACUGUUACGUCUGUUAGCAUUUCGCCGCUAACAUGGUAGUUGCACUGCUAGCUUAGCAGCUAAUGUCUAAACUGUUAGCAGUGAUUGUAGCGAUCCAGAAAUAAAUUUUGAACACCUCACUGUUUGAAUUUAUUCAUAAUAGUAUAAUAAUAUAUCAGAUUAGGUUUUGUUUUUCUAAGUUUGCUGGUAACAUACUGACUGCUCAGACAUACUCGCUCCAACCCACCGGUCUGUGCUUUUAAAUCUUCACCUCCCUCACUGAUGUGAUCACACCUGCUGUAUAUCCACUUAAAGCUGCACUCACAAACAUCCCAGUAUGGAUCCUGAUCAGAGCAGAGGGGAUUCUGGGUAAUGAAGUCCUCAGUGUUGAGCCCUUCAGUGCAGCUUUAAGUUCCUUCAGAGAUCUGAGGAUGAACCUGUAGCCAGGUAGUUAGCUGAUGUUGUGUUUCCUGCUAAACUAACAAUAUUAAACCCAGAGCGGAUCCGGAACGGUGCCGGUUCCGGCACCACUUCCUGACCGCCACGGUGUAACCAUGACAACCGUCCUCCAUGUU